UUAUUCCCCGGCGCGCGCCUGCGGCGGCCGCCCUGGCCCGCUCUCGCGAGAGUAGGAGUUUUGGCGAGAGUUUGUGGAAGAUGGCGCCUGUUGUGACAGGGAAAUUCGGUGAGCGACCUCAGCCUAAACGGCUCACCAGGGAAGCUAUGAGAAAUUAUUUAAAGGAGCGAGGUGAUCAAACAGUCCUAAUUCUUCACGCAAAAGUUGCACAGAAAUCUUACGGAAAUGAAAAGAGGUUUUUUUGCCCCCCUCCGUGUGUCUACCUUAUGGGUAGCGGGUGGAAGAAAAAAAAAGAGCAGAUGGAGCGGGACGGCUGCUCCGAACAGGAGUCCCAACCGUGCGCCUUUAUUGGGAUUGGCAACAGCGACCAAGAAAUGCAGCAGCUGAACCUGGAAGGAAAGAACUAUUGCACAGCUAAAACCUUGUACAUAUCCGACUCUGACAAGAGAAAGCACUUCAUGUUAUCGGUAAAAAUGUUCUAUGGCAAUAGCGACGAUAUCGGCGUGUUCCUCAGUAAGCGGAUCAAAGUCAUCUCCAAGCCUUCUAAAAAGAAACAGUCAUUGAAAAAUGCGGACUUGUGCAUCGCAUCAGGGACUAAAGUGGCACUAUUUAACAGACUCCGGUCGCAAACGGUGAGCACCAGAUACUUGCAUGUCGAAGGGGGAAACUUCCAUGCCAGCUCACAACAGUGGGGAGCCUUUUACAUUCACCUCUUGGAUGACGAUGAAUCAGAAGGAGAAGAAUUCACCGUUCGAGAUGGCUACAUCCAUUAUGGACAGACAGUCAAGCUUGUCUGCUCCGUUACUGGCAUGGCACUCCCAAGAUUGAUAAUUCGGAAAGUGGACAAACAGACUGCAUUACUAGAUGCGGACGAUCCAGUGUCACAGCUCCACAAGUGUGCGUUUUACCUUAAAGAUACCGAAAGAAUGUAUUUGUGCCUUUCUCAAGAGAGAAUUAUCCAGUUUCAAGCCACUCCAUGCCCCAAAGAACCAAAUAAAGAGAUGAUUAACGAUGGCGCUUCGUGGACGAUCAUCAGCACGGAUAAAGCAGAGUAUACCUUUUAUGAGGGGAUGGGACCGGUGCAUGCUCCAGUAACACCUGUGCCUGUUGUGGAAAGUCUUCAACUGAAUGGCGGCGGAGACGUAGCAAUGCUGGAGCUAACGGGACAGAACUUCACUCCAAAUUUACGCGUCUGGUUUGGGGACGUCGAAGCGGAAACCAUGUACAGGUGCGCCGAAAGCAUGCUGUGUGUCGUUCCCGACAUCUCUGCCUUCCGGGAAGGCUGGCGGUGGGUCCGUCAGCCCGUCCAGGUGCCCGUGACGUUGGUCCGCAAUGAUGGCAUCAUCUACUCCACCAGCCUUACGUUUACUUACACGCCGGAGCCGGGCCCCCGGCCCCACUGCAGCGCCGCCGGAGCCAUCCUCAGGGCCAAUUCGAGCCUCCUGGCCUCCAGCGAAACAAACGCAAACAGCGAGGGGAGUUACACAACCGUCAGCACAAACCCAAGCAACGUCACGUCAUCGACGGCAACGGUAGUUUCCUAACCACUGCUCUCGACGUGGAACUUUGUUGUUGUUGCUUUUCUUUUUUUUUUUAAAUGACUUUCAAGUGCUUCGAUAAAACGGAACAAUUUUUUUGUGGUUUCAUGGGGGGAGAAAAAAAAAACGCCUCUUCGCUACUUCUUUGAACUUCUAUCACCUGUAAGUGCUGAUCUCAACAGAAGCCACAAAUUAAAAAAAGAAAGAAAGAACAAACUGGGGGGGGGGGACAGGGAAGGAAUACUCUGUAUUCAAAUUCUAUUUUUAGCUGUCUUUAUAAAAAACGGGCAUGAGUUUAAAAAUAAUAAAAAAGUGGUUGGGGGGGGAGGGGAAAGUUGAACUAGCAAACAUGGACAUAACAUAGUUUUUAUGGACCAAGGAACGCUUUAGUAUAAAAGGUACAUUUUCACCAUACCUUUUUGUAUCACAACAUAUAGUACGCUUUUGUUACCAAAUAGUUUCUAUAUAAUUUUUUUUUUC